CGGCGGGAAUGGGUUGCUAGCGUGUAGCGUCCUGCAGGGGGUGGGGGGAGGAAAGAUGGCGGUCUCCACGGUGGGUUCUUUCCUCGAGGCAAAGAAGGAGCCGCCGCGGGAUGGUUAUGGAGUCUACGUUUAUCCCAAUUCCUUUUUCCGAUACGAAGGAGAAUGGAAACAAGGGAAAAAACACGGUCACGGGAAGUUGCUGUUUAAGGACGGAAGUUAUUACGAGGGCGAGUUUACAGACGGAGAAAUCGUGGGCAAUGGACUCAGAUACUGGGCAUCUACAGGGAAUACUUAUUCUGGGCAGUUCCUCCUCGGAGAGUUGCACGGACACGGAGUCCUUCAGUGGAAAUGUGGUGGGAAAUAUGAAGGCGAGUUCGUUUAUGGCGUGCGCGAAGGCCACGGGUUACUGACUGACAAGGAUGGGCAAACGUAUCAAGGAUCAUACCACAAAAACAAAAGACACGGUGGAGGAAAAAUGGUCUUCAAAAACGGGGAUGAAUAUGAAGGAGAUUGGAUCCUGGAUCAGAGACAGGGCCAUGGAGUGCUCCGCUGUGCUGAUGGAACUAUAUAUGAGGGACAGUGGAGGAAUGACAAGUUCAACGGACAAGGCUCUAUAAUCCAUUGUUCGGGUGCUACCUAUGCAGGACGCUGGCUCAAUGGCUACCCCGUCGGACAAGCAAAGAAGAUCGUGAUUUUGGGACCAGAGGUCAUUGAUACCGUUCCAGGCUAUGCUCACACACUUCACGUCCAGCUGCAAGACGAAGAAGGAGAGCUUUCCGAAAGUGAGAGCGGCCGGCUGCUGGAAAUCAGCGCCGGGAUCCGAAAGGAGCCACUUCCGGCGAUCGGCAGAAACAGCCUUCCCCAGUUCAUUGCGCAAAGCAAGGAGCAGCCGGUUGAAAGCUCUCUUGGAUCUGAGCAUAUUAGUUAUCCUUUGAAGAUGGCCGCGUUUGGAAGCCAGGAGCCUCAAGCCUCCCUCCCCGCUGUUGGCCCGUCUGGCUUUGCCCUUUCGGAGCUGCCAAUCCCCGAAGGAAGCCUGGGACCGAAAUCCGGCUCAAAACCCUGGGAUGGUGCAGGAGACGCCCUUGGCGACCGGGAUGGCGUGGGGAAUGAAAGCUGCCGCUCUCCAGGUUUCCAGAGAACUGAGUGCGGCCGUGCUGUUUUCAAGAACAUCCGCCUUGUACCUCCUCUGGAGGAUCCCCGCCCCACAGUCCCGUCGGGCGAGACCCCCCAAAAAGGAGACACGAAUCCAAGUGACCAAGCCCAUCUUGAACCAUUGACAACCUUCCAGGAGAUGGCUGGAGAUACCAGGUUCAAGGUGGCGGCUGCAGGGUGCAACCCCGGCGCGAGUCGAGAUCCCCCGGGAGACCUCGGGGCACUGCCAGGAGACUAUGUAGUUAUGGUCCGUGACGUGACUUCACCGCCAUUUCUAGGCCGGCGUCUCCCGCCUGCUUUCAAGCUCUUGAGGGUGUUGUCAGAGAGAGGCAAACGCACGGGUUCCGGGGAGGAAACUCAACAAGGUCUUGGCAGUUCAAAGAAAGACGGAGCACCACCAACUCCCGACAGAACUCAGGGGAAGUAUGUGUCCUUUGAGUAGCACAAGAAUUGAUUAGUUAUGUAACCACCCACCCACCCCCAGUAACUUCCACAUCCCACUCCCAGGACACAUGUGGCUUGUUCUCACAAUUGGAGAUAGGGUAGGAGAAGCCUCCUACCUAAUUCGAGAACCGGACGCGCUCCCAAGUGGCCAUUAGGGGUGUGCACAAACGGUACGGCGCCAAACUGGUUCGCUUUGAACCAGGCCAGUUUGGAGGUUUGAUCGUGGACCGAACCGAGGGAGGUUCAGUCCGCAAUCGAACCGAACCAAGCUUGGUUUGGGCAGACCUCUGUGCUGGUGGCUUGUUAAAAACGGGAGGACCACGCACGCUUUGGAUAUGGGCUGCACGGGGCGGGGGCAAGCGGCUGUGUCAGCAGCCACAUUGGACAAUAAGGAAAAGAAGACCUUUUUAUCUACCGCUCUUGCCAACCUCCCUGCCCCCCCCCCCGGCUGCCCCUUCACAGGAGCCAGGACCCCCACCUCUUUACUUGUAAAGGGGAACCCUAACUGGAUACCGAAAAAGGAUCCCCCUUUAUUAGCCGCUGAACCGCCAGAAUGGUUUGGUCAAACAGACCAAAACGGCCAGUUAGUUCUACUGAACGGGUUUCGAAUUCGAGCCGAACUGCAUUUUUUAAUUCGUGCAUACCCCUAGUGGCCAUCAUGCGAAUUCUACAAGCGUGGAAAAAGGAGGGGGAAAUAAUUGUCUGAGAGCUGGGUGCGGAGGCAGGGGGCAGAGGUGAGCCCAGAUCUGGAGCCCAGCUCCAGAGGGAGGGUUGCGGGGAAGCAUACCCCACACCUUCCACCUCUAUACCCAGCUCACAGGUGAGCAUUUUCCCCUCCUCCUGCCUUGCUGGUAGAAUCCUCACAGUGGCCACUCAGGAUCCCAGCCAGCUUUGGAAUUAGGGCGAGAGGCUUCUCUUACCCUCAUGUCAAUCGUGAAAACAGCCCUACAAGCUGGUUCUAAGGGAGCUGCCACACAGAAUACCCACCCACAGCCUGCUUCAUGAUUGGUUUGUCAGCCAGCAUUUGGGACAAAUUGUAGACAUCUCAGAUUGCAUUCAUACAGGCCAAAGACCUUUGUCCUGCUAGCGAGCAGUAUUUUUCGUUAUUUCUUUAUACCAAGUAAGCUGUGUCUUUGAUUUCUGUUUUUAAAAACACACACACACGAACAACCCUGUCCUAAUAAAUUGGAGUUUGUGCAACA